AUGAGACCGAUACAUCCGUUCCAAAAGCACUUCUGCGUCUUGUUCUUGUCCAUUGCACUCCUUGCCACGUUUAUCACUUUGAAAAAGAGACACAUGCCUUCUUCCGAUGCAUUCUCUGCAAACUACACAGACGACUUUUUGGCUUACGUACAUUCGAAUACUUCUCUUGCACAAAGAUAUUUUACUCUAGAAAACGAUAUUUCAAGAAUGAAUUUAAGUCGCGCUAGGAAUGUGAUUGAUGAGCGUCGCGUAGUGUAUAUUUUGGGUUUGUUCGAGCUGACAACGAAAUGGGGAAGGAGGUAUGAAGGAGAAAGUGAAAUGUCUGCGGCCAAACUAGCUGUUGAUCAUGUUAAUGCCCUUAAUGUUUUACCUGGGUACUCCUUAGAGCUGCUGGUGAACGAUACAGAGUGCGACCCUGGAGUUGGUAUAGACAGAUUUUUCCAUGCCCUAUAUUCCAACAAAACUAUAUUAAUGUUGCUCGGGGCUGGUUGUUCCAACGUAUCGGAGAGAUUAGCACAUGUAGUGCCGUUUUGGAACAUAAUUCAAGUGUCAUUCGGAUCCACAUCUCCUUCUUUAAGCGAUAGAAACAAGUUCCCUCUAUUCUUUCGCACGGUGGCUCCAGACACAUCACAUAAUAGUGCCAAAAUUCACUUCGUCAAGGAGUUCGGGUGGGAGGUGGUGGCCACGUUUAGUCAAAGCGAAAACGAAUAUUUGCUUCCCGUGAACCAUCUGGUUACAGAGUUGGAGAAAGUUAAUGUUACAUGUAUUUCCAUGGUCACGUUUUCCUUGGAUAACUAUAAGGAGCAGCUAAGAGUUUUGAAACAUUCCGACCGACCAGACGUGCCCAGGAAGAGAAUUGUCCGCCGUACCACGACAAGGAAAGGUGCACUGUUGUCUCCGUCCGGUGUACCAGACCUAAACUGCGUGUUCGGCUUAUAG